AAAUUAUCUACAGACCACAUCAGACGCUUCUGUAUUUCAUUGUAAACCUUGAAUCUUAUUCGUGAAAGGUUUCGGCCAACACACAAUCUGUAUACUACAGACGACCUUGGCAUUCGAACACGAGUUGCCGUAGACAACUGCGUCUUAAAAGCGCGUUGUGAAACCAUAUAAAAAAUUGUGUCGUGAAAAUGUGGCCGUUUCACGGUCAGUGUAACAGCAAAGCAAGGCUUGUUGGCAAGACCGUACUUAUAACGGGAGCGAAUACUGGAAUUGGCAAGGAGACCGCAAGAGAUCUUUACAGAAGAGGAGCAAGAGUAAUUUUGGCUUGUCGAGAUCUGCAAAGAGCAAGAGAUGCAAUUGAAGAUUUAAAAAAAAAUCCUCCCUCAAGGGCAGACAGGGAACAGUUUCAAGGUACUCCAGGUGAAUUCGCGGUUUAUUCUUUGGAUCUUUGCAGCCUGAAAAGCAUAAAAAAAUGUGCCAAAAAUCUAUUGAAAAAAGAAUCGGCCAUUCACAUACUAAUAAACAACGCUGGCGUGAUGAUGUGCCCGCAAGAAAAGACUGAGGAUGGAUUCGAUUUGCAGCUGCAAACGAAUCAUAUCGGUCAUUUUCUCUUGACGCUUUUGUUGCUACCAAAAAUACAAUCCUCCGGUUCCGGCUGUAGAAUACUGAAUGUUUCAUCAUGUCUUCACAUGUUUGGCGCUAUACAUGAAGAUCUAAAUUUGGAGAAGACAUAUACUCCCUUUAGAGCAUACGCACAAAGUAAACUAGCAAACAUAUUGUUUACCAAAGAACUCGCUCGUCGAUUAAAAGAGGCACACAUUUACGGAAUAAACGUAUAUGCUUUGCACCCCGGUGUUAUAACGACCGAGUUAGGUCGACAUUUUAGUACAACAGUAUUUCCAGGUGCAAGCACUAUUUUUCAAUCAAUUCUGCGACCAAUCUUAAAAAAUCCUGAGCAAGGUGCACAAACGACUAUAUAUUGUUCAGUAGCCGAACAGGCAGCUAACGAGACUGGUCUUUAUUACAGAGAAUGCGGCGUUGCGACUCCACAGAGCCAAGCGCAAAAUAAUCAAAUUGCAGAAGAUUUAUGGAAUCGAACCUGUCAGCUUCUGAAUUUGGAACCUGAUAAAAAUUUUUCUAGAUUUUUGAAAACUGUUUCACAUCAAAUUGCAGAAUAAUGUAUAAUUGCAUUUAAUUAUAUUUAACAUAUUUUAAAGUCGAAAUUAUGUAAUAAUAAUAAAUUAAAUAUAUUCUUGCUCGCUUCAAACAUUAUGUGUACGUUUAAAACAAGCAUAAAUAGAGAAUUUUUAAUAAAGUUAGAUUAAAAAAAGUAAAUAAAAAUGAAAACUGCUUGUAAAGUUAAA